AUGGAGGAGGAAGUCGCUGCCCUCGUCAUUGACAAUGGCUCUGGAAUGUGCAAAGCCGGUUUCGCCGGUGAUGAUGCCCCACGAGCCGUUUUCCCAUCCAUUGUCGGUCGUCCUCGCCAUCAUGGUAUCAUGAUCGGUAUGGGUCAAAAGGACUCUUAUGUUGGUGAUGAAGCACAGUCGAAACGUGGUAUCCUAACUCUGCGAUACCCCAUCGAGCACGGUGUCGUCACAAACUGGGAUGACAUGGAGAAGAUAUGGCAUCACACCUUCUACAACGAACUGCGUGUCGCUCCCGAGGAGCACCCCGUUCUCUUGACUGAGGCCCCCAUCAACCCCAAGUCCAACCGUGAAAAGAUGACCCAGAUCGUUUUCGAGACUUUCAACGCCCCAGCCUUCUACGUCUCCAUUCAAGCUGUGCUCUCCCUCUACGCCUCUGGUCGCACCACUGGUAUCGUCCUUGACUCCGGAGACGGUGUCACUCACGUUGUCCCAAUUUAUGAAGGUUUCGCUCUGCCACACGCCAUCUCCCGAAUUGACAUGGCUGGCCGUGACUUGACCGACUACCUGAUGAAGAUCUUGGCCGAGCGUGGUUACAGCUUCUCCACCACCGCCGAACGUGAAAUCGUCCGCGACAUCAAGGAGAAACUCUGCUACGUUGCCUUGGACUUCCAGCAGGAGAUCCAGACUGCUUCGCAGAGCUCCAGCCUCGAGAAGUCCUACGAGCUUCCUGAUGGCCAGGUCAUCACUAUUGGAAACGAGCGAUUCCGUGCUCCUGAGGCUCUCUUCCAGCCCAGCGUCCUCGGUCUUGAGCCAGGCGGUAUCCACGUCACCACCUACAACGCCAUCAUGAAGUGUGACGUCGACGUGCGAAAGGAUCUCUACGGCAACAUUGUCAUGUCUGGUGGUACCACCAUGUACCCCGGUAUCUCUGACCGUAUGCAGAAGGAGAUCACUGCCCUCGCCCCCUCAUCGAUGAAGGUCAAGAUCAUCGCUCCCCCAGAGCGUAAAUACUCUGUCUGGAUUGGUGGUUCUAUUCUCGCCUCCCUUUCCACCUUCCAGCAGAUGUGGAUCUCCAAGCAAGAAUACGACGAGUCCGGCCCAUCCAUCGUCCACCGAAAGUGCUUCUAA